UUCCGGGAUAGUUUCCGGUAGAAAUGAUUAAAAACGAUUUUCAUGGUUUGAUAGGUAAGGUCUGACUAUUUGAGAUGGAUCCACUGAUGGAUGAUCUAGAGGGACUAGUGGCCCCUGACCUGAACAUGGACACGCCCUCCUGGUGUUCAAGCUGUAACAACCUAAGACAGGAGAUAAAGAAGCUACAAGACGAACGGGUGCAGAGCUUUCAGAAGAUAAAACAGAAAAUCAUUCCAACAGAUUUGCUGAUAAAGAAGUACAAAUCCAAAUGUGAUGAUAUCCUUUUUCAGUGUAGGAAAGUGGAUGAUGCAAACAAGAGAGCUGAAAAGUUCCAACGGCAAUGUGAGAUCCUUGAAGCUCAGCUAAAGGCAUCGCUACUGGAUACAGAGCCCUUAAGAGCGAACAAGACCCAGUUGGAGGCCAAACUAAGGGAGAAGACUCAGGAAGCCCAGAACCUUACUGACAAAGUUAUCUCCCUUGAAGGGAUAACGCGUCAGUAUGAGCACCUCAGUUACACCAGCGCAGCAGAUAUUGAUAGACUCGAGUCAGAAAAGAGGGAACUGCUUGUUAAAUGUAAAAAUCUUGAAGUAGGAAAACUGGACAGAGGUGCUGCCAAGGAAUAUAGAAGGGAGAUAAAAGUUUUGAAGAAAGAGAAGAGAACUAUGAAGAGGGAGAGUAUUGCACUGGAAAUAAAGCUGAAGUCCGCACUAGAAAAGAUUGAGAAACUGAGACUCACUGCAAAAUCAACCCCCAGCCCAUACCGCCAGAAGCGUACAAAGUCAGGAACUUGUCAGAGCCCCAUCAAAUCGCCAUGUAGGUCCCCCCUCAAGAGCCCAUUGGGCAUAUUCAAACCAUCGCCUGUCGGGAGAGGCCGGGCUAGAACAGUUUCUGAAAGGAGUUCUACUUCACAGACAAGAGACAGUUCAGUUGACCAUGGUGACCAGAAGCUUGCCACAGAGGAAGAAUCAAGCCUCUCAUCUGACUCUGAUGACAAUGCAAGCCUCUACAGCAUCUCCUGGUCAAUGAGUCCACUCUCCAAAUGCAUAUCUCCCCUCCCACCCACUCCAGCCUUCAGAGACACUGUAAAGACCUCAAACCAUCUGGCCAGAGAGGAUUUGGAUAUUUCUGACAUUGCUGAUGAGCUGGAACACCAGCUACUGGAUGUUGAGGAUGAUGUGGACAAUCUAGACAAAACUCUGGUUGAAGAGAAACCAGUUGAAAAUGAUAAGCUACAAAUGGAAACUGACGACACUGCAGUAGUCAAAAACACUGAUUCUCUGGAAAACAGUAAAUCUAAUCCUCCUAAAAAUGCUCAUUCUGAUGAUGUUGAUAGUGGUGAUGCUGAAAUGAUUGCUACUGAAAGUGUCAGAUCGGAUCCUCUUUUAAAUGUUAAAUCUACACCUCUUGAAAAGGUUCAAACAUCUAUCACAAAAGAGAUACCUGCAAGUUUUACUCAAUGCACUGAUUCAACUGAAACUGUUGUUUGUGAUAUACUAAAUGAGAAUUCGAAGGAGUUAAGAACGGAUACAACUGCGGAGCCUAUUGAGUUAAGAACAGAUGCAACUAAUGAGCCUACUGAGUUAAGAUCAAAUACAAAUGUGGAGCCCACUGAGUUAAGAUCGGAUACAACUGCGGAGCCUAUUGAGUUAAGAACAGAUGCAACUAAUGAGCCUACUGAGUUAAGAUCGGAUACAACUGUGGAGCCUUUUAAGUUAAAAACAGAUGCAACUAAUGAGCCUUCUGAGUUAAGAUCGGAUACAACUGCAGAGCAGAGAGAUGCAACUAAGAAGAAUAAGGAAUUCAGAUCAGAUACUUCUGACAAGACUAUGGUGUUAGGAAUAGAUACAACUGAAAAGCCUUCGGAAUUUAGAACAGACAGUGUUAUGGUAAAAAGUGCCACUGAGGAUGAAGCAGUAUGUACUCCUUUAGAUAAAAGUGUUAAAAUUGAACAUAAAAUCAAUGAAACCUCUCAGGAUGAAAAUGAAGAUGAAAAAGAAACUAUUGACAUAAACAGUGAAAGCGAUAAUGUUUUUAAAUCAGAAAAUAAACUAUUUAUGUCUCCCUCUGGUUUAAAGAGGAGAAUAGCUCAUGUAUCAACAAAAAGAAAAGAAGAUGGGCAUGAUAAAAGACAUAUAACAUCUGAAAAGCCAAAGUCUGCUCAAGAUAAUGUUGAGUUAGCCAAAUCAGAUUCAAGCUUUAGCCACAGCGAAAAUGUGGGGAAAAAAUGCUCAAGAGAAAAAGAUACUCCAAGUGCCGAGACAGAAGGUUCUGAAUCAUUACUGGAGGCCGUAAAGGAAGUUGGAUCUCACCCGAGGUAUUCUGCAGAAAAAAAGUAUACAGACAAUGUAGAUGAUAUAGAACAGUUGUCAGAUUCAGAUAUUGAAAAUGACUCUGAAAUUGAUUUAAUAAACAAGAACAAUGCUACAGAUAUUGACAUGGACUUCUGUGUUUCUAGGUCUAAGGUCUUUGGUGCUGGUAGUAAUGGGAGUUUUGAAAAACUGCCAGAUGAUAAACAAAUGAAUGACACUAAAGAUGUGAUUGAAGUCUGGAAAGAACCUCAAGAUGAAGUUGUUCAGAAAAAGAAUACACCAAAAUCCAGUCUUAUUCGACAGGAGGCAGUAGCUGCAAAAAGAAAACUUACUAAAUUGCACAAUGACACUGCUGUCACUAAGAAACUUGAAAAAGAUUUUUCAUCUGAUCAAAAGGACAGUAUCAUUUAUGUGAAUAAUCUUGACAGUGAAGGUCUCGGUGAGAAGAGUAUGAAGGUCAAAACAGAAUCAGAUAAAGUUAAUGUUCAUGAGAACAAACAACGAAAUAAGAAGAUAAAGAGUUUAGUAGAAGAAGAACUAGCUGGAUUCGAUUUUGAUGGGGAUUAUAAUGUACUCUCUAGAGAUAGUGAACCUGCAAAGGAUUUAAUAAGAAGUCCUGAUUAUUGCCAUAGGAAAUUGGAAAACUUUGUGAAAAGGAAUAACAAAAAGUUAAAGCGAUGUAAAUAUGUUGACCUUGAUGGUCAAGCUACUGAGCAGGGUAAUAAUACAAACCAAACUAGUCAGAAAAGUGAGCUUCGACCAGCUGUUAAGUUUGAGAGAUUGGGUGAUGGAAAUUCUAAAUCUAAAAUUGAUAGCAAGUUGGCAGCUCUGACUGAAAAUAAAGCUUUUAUUGAUGGCUGUGUACCUUUGUUACAAAGUGAGGGGAGUAAACAUGCGUUUAAAAGAGUGGAAUUGUCUAAAUCCAAAACAUUAAUUGAUACAAUUGGAAGUAUGUCGAGCAGUGAAAGAAAGUCAACAAUCAGAGCAGAAACAAUUGGAAAGGAAAACAGUGUUACUCCUCCUUCAAGGCAGCUGAGUACAGGAUUUGUAGUUAGUCAAGUUAGUUUAGAAAGAUCUCCGAGCUGUGAAAGUACAAAGUCGUUCCGAAACUCACCCGCCAGAGUGUCGGAAUUUGACCAUUCUCUCUGUGAUAAUGUUAUUGAAGAGGAGAGUUACUCUACUGAUAUAACUGAGAAGACAGACUUAGUUGGUGCUCUUGGUGUUGAAAUUAGUAAAAACAAAACUGAUAAUCAUAGUUCAAAACAGGAGGAUGUUGUAAGUGAUGCUGAUAUUUUAAUGCCUCAAGAUGUGAAAGAAAUCAAAGGGAAACAACAUUUAAGUGUAAAAAGUUCAGAUACAUCAAGGUUAAAACUGACAGAGAGGAAAUCAGUGAUUGUUGAAGACAAUGAAAAGCCAGGUUGUUCAUAUACAGUUGACACAAAUAUUGAAAGUCACACUGACAGAGUAAAAUCUGCUACCAUUAAGAUUAUAAGUGAUCCUAAUGAUCUAGCAAGUUUAAACUCAGCCUCACUUUUUCAUAGUGUGACUAUGGAUCCAGGUCUGGGUUUGGAAUCAAUGGAUCCUACUUCACCUGUUUCACCAUUAAGUAUUUCACCAUUCUGUUUUAUGAAUCCAAUUUCACCCCUGCCCCCCUCCCCAGUUAGACAUUUAAACAGAGUUUCUCCUCUCUCACCUCAACUAGAGGAGAAAAUUCUUACAGAUCAAACAGAAGUAAUUUGUGAUCCUAAUAAUUUUGAAAAAGAUGGUUCUGGUGUAAAAGAUAAAUGUGAUCUAAGUGUUAAUGAAAAAGAGAGUGCAGGAUAUCUUUCACUUCAGCAAUCAAAGGCAACUGGAAAUAAUGACAAUGCAAAUGAAACUGAGGAAGAGUUAACUGUUGGAAUUGGCAUUGAAAAAGAUAUAGGAAAAAGUUCAAUGCCUCGGCCUGAUGACUUAGAAAGAAAAAAACAUCUUGAUGAAUGUAUAAAUCCUGAUAUAACUAAAACUGUGACUUUGUCCAAUGAUAGUAUAGCUAAAUCAGAGACUGAAUCUGAACAAUUUACAAACAAUACUGAAAAUUCAGUUGGUAAGAUUGCUGUAAAUUCUGAAGAGGAUAGUAAGAUGUCAAAUAGUGCUAUAAGUGAAGAUGUGAAAAUAAAAUCAGAAAACAUUCAUAAUUCUGAAAGUAAUUUGGACAGUUUAAAGAUGAGAAAUAGUGUAAAGGAAAAGAACAUUGUAAAUCUAAAAAUGGUAAAGGAUAUAAAAACUGAAAAGAUUUGUAAUGAUGAAUUUAAAUCUUCAGGCAAAGUGAAAACUAAAAAGCAUAGAAAUGAUUUAAAUAAUGCAGAUGUUAAUGAACAAAAAGAAGAAAUUUGUGGUGAAAGUUCUGUAAAAAGAAGAACAAGAACUACUUCGAGCAAUGAAAAGACUGAAGAAGUUUUGACCAAACAACCACCUAAAAUACCCAUAAAGAAGAUAUUAGAGAUUAACAAUCUGUCACCACUGCCCAAAAUGAUAAGUCCUGUGCGUUCACCUAAGAGUCGAUUAUCUACAAAAGUGCUGAAGCCAGUCAGCAAAAACACAAAUCUCCCUGAACUCUUUAUACCUAAACCAGGUGAUAGGAAAAUGGAUGUCAGGAGUGUAAGUAAUCAUGGAAAUGUUAAGAAAGACAAUAAAGAGGACAAAACUGAUCAAGGAAUCAAAUCUAAAAGUGCAAACAUUCAAAAGAUUUGUUCUAAAACACCCAUUGUACAAAAUUCAGAGGACUCUAUAGAAAAUAGUUUCUGUGUUAGAAAGUCUGGAAGGACAGCACUAAGGAAAUCAACAAGAAAUAGAGUAAAAAGUGCCGAACAAACUGAACAUUCAGAAAGUGACAAAAAGAACUUGACAAAUGAUAAAAUCCAUCCUGAAAAUAUGUUACAAACUGAAGCUGAAGUUAGACUUGACAACCAGGAAAUUGAAUAUAAUAAAGAUGUAAAACCUGACACUGAUGUACAUGAAAGUGAGAUGGAUGCAAUGGGGGAUGCAAAAACCAUCACAGUUGCCAUGGAAACUGGUGAGAUUGAGAUUAAGCCAGAGCUGGAUGAAGUUCCAGAAGGAAUGGACAACUGGGCGUUCAAGCGGAAAACGCGCCUCGCUCACAAGACCAACAUACAGCCACUUAAACCAUUGAGAGUACCAGUGAUCGACGCUCCAGUGCUGACCCAGUCUGGUAAAAAGAGACGGUCGGGCCCAGGGGACCAGGCCCAGGACAAAAAACAGUGCAAAGAAGGUUUGUUUUCUGCCAAGUCCAAAGUUGCUGAAACUUUAUUUGAAAAAGGCAUAUACAAGAAGACCCUAGGCCACCUGAAGUCGCUAGAGCCCACGGUUGAGGUGUUCAUGUCCGGGCUUACUGCUGACUGCCCGUCUAGUGACCUCCCACACCUCCCAGGGAUGCUACUUAAAUACUGCAUUGAGUGUCUAGGUCGCAUGAAGACCGAUUCUCUUGACACCGUGUACGAGGUAUGUCGCCGAGACCAGCACACAACCUUACGGCCCCUUGUGUUCCCCCUGCUGAAUAAUGUGGAAAAACGUGCGCUACAUCUUCUACAGUUCCUGCACUGUAACAAGGCAAUGGGCCUGAGUGGUGAAACAGUGUUUACAAUGUUGUGGCAAGCCGUGUUCAGCCGAAGUGUGGACACCAGUGUUGUAGGUCAGAUGUCCAUGUGUCGAGUCUUCACUGCACUCUCCUCCACACAGGGAAACAUUGAGCGAGCCCGAGUGUUGUUUUACCACAUUGUGACCUGCGGCUACCUUAAUCCAAACCUACUGGUGGUGCCCAUAGUCAGUGUGUGGCCCGAGGUCCUGUGUAAGAGCCCAGAGGACAGCCCUGACAAGGUUGUUACCCCUGGACUGACCUUGGCCUUGGAGGAGGUCAUCAAAAGGUCACUGGUGGAACAGGACACCGAGGUCAACAGAAAAGUGUUGCUGGUUUUACAGAAGCUGUGUUGCUGGAGUGGUAGCCAUGGCAAUAUAGACACAGUCCUGAAAACAAUCAUGAACAAACUGGCAUACGUAACACACCCAGAGUCAAGAAACAUAGCUGCAGUGUUUGAGCUGACGAAGGCCGUGGACCUGUUAUUGUCCACCCAACCUUGGAGCUGGGUCAAGGACAUGUUUAUCUACACCUGUGGACUCCAAUCUGCGGCCAACAAGUACCGGGCAGAGAAGAUCAAUGUCCCUGUGGCACCAGAGUAUAUGUGUGCGGUUCUUAAAAUGACCAGUAAUGCUGUGCACAGUCACUCUAGCGAGGUCCCAGGCCGGGACAUAAAACAGAUGACACGGUGCUGGCUCCUGCCAAUACUCAACCAUACACCAGGUUUGAAGUCAGUCCAGAACAGCUGCUUGGAAAUGUUUCUUGAGAUCUCCCCCAUCCAUCCCCCAGUGUUGGCGAUCGUGCGGAACUGGUUCGACCAACACCGACACAUGGUCAACAAUGACAUUGUAGAGCAACUAGAACAGAUGCGACUCUCGUACAAGUCCAAUUUUGCUCUUGUCUGCAAACCGUUUGUUUGAAUGUGACAAUCCUUUGUAAAAUUACUGGGAGCCCAAUUUUUGUCUACAUUAGUCUUACACUUUGACUUCAAAGAAAAACAUAUAGUACUUUGUUAAGACAAUGUUAAGAACUUCUAUGUAUGUUAAACGAUUCUGGCAUGCAUAUUUACUAUUUCAAUUUUGCAUGAUAAAUGUUGGUCCAGAUAAUUGUAUGUCGAGGAAUUCUUUUACGAUUGUUGAUUUUGCAAAUCUGUCACAGGAUUAGUAGAAUCGGUAAACAAGAGUCUAAUUAUUUAGACUUGCUGUAUGGGUGCAAACAUUCUUUUUUUUCCGGUUCAUAAUGAUGAUAAUUAUGCAGUAUUGACAUCGAUUAUUCAUUAAAACAAUGUUAUGCAUUUAUACUUAUCAGUAUUUAAUAUUUUUCACUAUUUGGCUAGUCCAGUCUGGCAAAUCAUGUUGAAGCAUAUUUCACUCAUUAUAACAUGCUGUAUGGAUGGUUCAAUAUUUGUAUUUUUAAAUACAUAUUCGUUAUUGAAAUUGUACAAAGUGCAUUUUUAUGAUUUCUAUGUAAAUAACUUCUAUAUUUAUUGACUAUUUCUUGUGUGGAUUUGUGUAUUAUGUUAUAUUAUGUAUAGAUACUCAUCUAGCAGAGGAGGAGGAAGCGGAGAUGAACUGACCAACAUUAGAGGGCUUUUUAUUUUUUAAAGCUUAAAGCAUAACUUGGAAAAUACUGGAAGAAAUUGAAUGUAACUUGGAAAAGUGAUAGAUUGUAAUGUGUAGUUGUAAGCAUAACAGGAAUUUUAACUCUUGGGCACUUGCGUGCAAUGUUAUUUUCCCUUGCACUUCCAUUUUUUUGAAAGAAAGUUUGUCUGAAUUAGAACUCAGUAAAUCCUUAAAGGAUUUGAAAUAAACUUUAAAUAUUGAUUGAUAACAAUGUUCAUUUGUGCAUAACGCAGAAAAUUCCACCUUUCUUUUGUUCUUUGCUUUGAUUUUCAAACAAUUUUUUUCCGAAUUCUACCUUGUAAAAUACCAAAUGUAAUUCAACUACUGAAUGGAAUUUGGUUAACUGAAAGUAUGAUUGAUUUAUAUAUUACAAUGUUUCUUUUUAAUACUUAACUUUUAUGAAGGUUUGUUCAUGCAUGCUCAGUUUAAGGGGAAAUAAAGGUCUUGAAAUGUGAUACUUUGAAAACAUUUCUAGUUGAUUUUGAAACAUUGCUUAAGAAAUGUUCAUUCGUUGUUCCCAAGAUUGUUGUGACCAUAGAAGCCACUCCUCAAUGGUAGGAAUAUGUAUAAUUGUUUUAUAUGAAGCAUGUUGUUGUUUUGUUCGUUUAUUCUGAGAUUGCACUUUAUUACUCCAUUAAAUAUACAUGUAUUAUAAUCAUAGUUACUCUACUGUAGAAUGUGUUCAAGUCAAUCAUAAACUUUCAUUAUAAAGUGUGCUAAGUUUUCUUUAGUGUUGAAUUUCUUUGUUGUCAAAAUAUUUUUAUCUCCAUAUUUUUGUUAAAAUUUGUAGAAAAUAAAUUCAUAAAAACCUUA